AUGAAGGAAGCGCUUGUCUUCAGCAAGAAUGGGUCAAUGGAAGUCAAAACCCACUCUGUGCCUAUACCCAAACCGGGACCGGACGAAAUUCUGAUCGAAGUCAUUGUUAGCGGCACGAACCCCAAAGACUGGAAAUUUCCCGACUGGUUCGAUGUAUUUAACGGGACGAAUACUGGCGAUGACAUUGCUGGCUACGUCCACGAGAUCGGCGAAAAUGUCUCCGAAUUCAAAGUCGGAGACCGAGUAGCCGCCUUCCAUGAUUUCAUGACGCCGCAUGGGAGCUUCGCCGAAUACGCCAUCGGGAAAGUGCACGCCACAUUUCACAUCCCAGCGCAUAUUUCCUUUGAGGAAGCAUCAACUGUCCCACUGGCAGCAUUGACCGCCUCUCUUGCACUGUUUGCACGGUUGGGCCUACCUGAACCAUGGUUCGGGAACAAAUCCUGGGCAAUCAAGCCUCCAGGCGGAGUUCUUGUCUACGGUGCUGCAACAGCCGUCGGAUCAUUUGCAAUUAAGCUGCUACAGAAAGCUGAUAUUCAUCCUGUCAUUGGUAUUGCUGGAAGAGGCAUGGAUUAUGCUAGGAGUUUGAUGAACAGUGAAAAGGGUGAUGUCGUCAUUGACUAUCGCGAUGGUGAAUCUGCCGUUGUACAGGGCAUCCUAGAUGCCAUUCCUGCCGGGGAAAGUCUCCGCUAUGCGCUAGAUGCAGUCAGUGAGACAUCGAGCUUCCAGGUGAUUGGGAAGGUUCUGGACCAGACCUCGGGCGCAGUGUCGAUCGUUACGCCGGAGGCACCUCAACAAUUACCUGGCACAAUACGGGUUGAGUUUAGCAACGUGGGAACUAGCCAUGGGGAUGACAAGGACUUCGCCUAUGUGUGGUCGCGGAUGAUGACCAGGGGGCUGAGUGAGGGUUGGCUCAAGGCUCAUCCACAUGAGAUCAUUCCGGGUGGUUUGGAGGGUGUUGAAGUUGCUCUGAAUAAUCUUAAGGCCGGGAAGGCUAGUGCCGUGAAAUAUGUGUUAAGAAUUAUAUCAGACUGA